GCGAAGUGUCACGCUUCUAAGCUUGAAAAUAACCAAGUAUCCUUUCAGGUGUUCUGAUUUGAAAAGGCUAUACUGUUUUUGUGUUAACUGUGCUCCCCUAUCAGCGGACGAAUUUCUGAAGGCGCCAAAGAGAAAUUACGCGGAUACGGAAGUGAUUGUGUUGACUCACCGCACGGAGCACUAGGAUUACUUACUCACUCUUCAGACAGAACCAAAUCCACAAUGGCUGACCAAUUAACAGAAGAGCAGAUUGCUGAGUUCAAAGAGGCAUUCAGUCUUUUCGAUAAAGAUGGAGAUGGCACCAUCACAACCAAAGAACUUGGAACUGUCAUGCGUUCCUUAGGCCAGAACCCUACUGAGGCUGAAUUGCAAGACAUGAUCAAUGAGGUGGAUGCUGAUGGCAAUGGCACAAUUGAUUUCCCUGAAUUCCUCACCAUGAUGGCAAGGAAAAUGAAAGACACUGAUAGUGAAGAAGAAAUUCGAGAAGCAUUCCGUGUCUUUGAUAAGGAUGGCAAUGGAUUUAUUAGUGCUGCUGAACUUCGACAUGUCAUGACAAAUCUUGGUGAAAAAUUAACAGAUGAGGAAGUUGAUGAAAUGAUCAGGGAAGCUGACAUUGAUGGUGAUGGCCAAGUGAACUAUGAAGAGUUUGUGACGAUGAUGACAUCUAAGUAAUUGAUAUGAAUGUGUGAUCACUUCGUCUCCAUUCUCCAUUGUUUUUCUACCAUUGGUCAUCUGCAUCUUAUGCGAACAAAAGAGCUCAAAACAACUGCUCCAUCAAGCGGUGUGGACUUCAUCGCUCCAGUGUGCUGGUGAUGAAUGGAACUGAUUGCAGACUGUGGAAUGAAACAUUCAUUCAUUAAAACUGUAACACAUACACAAACAUUAAAAGCUGUGCUGUGUGAUGUGCAUGGAGUGACUGUUGAAUGUUGUUGUGAGAACAUUACCGAAUUGUCUGCUGAUAUUUAUACUUCAUAAAUGUCAAUGUAUGAGUGUUGUGUACUUGAGAUGUGUUUGAGCAUUUCCACAUUGAAAAUACUGGUGAUAAAACUUCCAUGCUUAUGUUACCUUUGCAUAGUGAAUUUUAAAAACGGAAAUAGUUCUAAUUCCUUUUCAUUUUUUUUUUUUUCCAGUUGUGAAAAAAAUUACUUGUUACAUUCAUACAGUGAUUCUAUGUAGAAUUCUCCCGCAAUCUCAAAAA